CUCUCUCUCCACCACACAGGUCGUGUCCUGAGAGCCUGCGGGGACUGGCUCUCCUUUGGAUGACUUGGCCCACGACGUGGUCGGCGGGACUCGAGUUUCCGUGGCUGUGGCCCAGCCUCCCUGUCGCCUACUUGCAUGUGUCAGAGGAACUCUGGGACCCUUUGGAGAUAUUGUUUACGUGGAAAUUUUGAGCCAUUCUGAAUCACCUGCAGGACAAGGCUCUGCUCGCAAUGAGCUCCCAAAGCCAUCCAGAUGGACUUUCUGGCCGGGACCAGCCAGUGGAGCUGCUAAACCCUGCCCGCGUGAACCACAUGCCCAGCACGGUGGAUGUGGCCUCGGCUCUGCCUUUGCCGGUGGCCCCGGCGGUGCCCAUGGACCUGCGCCUGGACCACCAGUUCCCGCUGCCCGUGGCGGAGCCUGCGCUCCGGGAGCAGCAGCUGCAGCAGGAGCUCCUGGCCCUGAAGCAGAAGCAGCAGCUCCAGAGGCAGAUCCUCAUCGCCGAGUUCCAGAGGCAGCACGAGCAGCUGUCCCGGCAGCACGAGGCCCAGCUCCACGAGCACAUCAAACAACAGCAGGAGCUGCUGGCCAUGAAGCACCAGCAGGAGCUGCUGGAGCAUCAACGGAAGCUGGAGCGACACCGCCAGGAGCAGGAGCUGGAGAAGCAGCACCGGGAGCAGAAGCUGCAGCAGCUCAAGAACAAGGAGAAAGGCAAAGAGAGUGCGGUGGCGAGCACGGAAGUGAAGAUGAAGCUGCAGGAGUUUGUCCUCAAUAAGAAGAAGGCGCUGGCCCACCGGAGCCUGAACCACUGCAUGUCCAGCGACCCUCGCUACUGGUACGGGAAGACGCAGCACAGCUCCCUGGACCAGAGCUCCCCGCCGCAGAGCGGGGUGUCGGCCUCCUGCAACCACCCGGUCCUGGGCCUGUACGACGCCAAGGACGACUUUCCUCUCAGAAAGACAGCUUCUGAGCCCAAUCUGAAGUUACGCUCCAGGCUGAAGCAGAAAGUGGCUGAAAGACGCAGCAGCCCCCUGCUACGCAGGAAAGAUGGGCCGGUGGUUACCGCUCUGAAGAAGCGUCCGCUGGAUGUCACUGACUCCGCGUGCAGCAGUGCCCCGGGCUCCGCCCCCAGCUCACCCAACAACAGCUCCGGGAACGUCAGCACGGAGAAUGGGAUCGCGCCCGCCGUCCCCAGCAUCCCGACCGAGGCCAGCUUGGCGCACCGACUGGUGACCCGGGAAGGCUCCGUGGGCCCGCUGCCCCUCUACACGUCACCCUCCUUGCCCAACAUCACGCUGGGACUUCCUGCCACCGGCCCGUCUGCUGGGGCGGCAGGCCAGCAGGAAGCUGAGAGGCUGACCCUCCCAGCCCUCCAGCAGCGCCUCUCUCUGUUUCCCGGCACCCAUCUCGCCCCCUACCUGAGCACGGCGCCCCUGGAGCGGGACGCAGGGGCGGCGCACAGCUCCCUCCUGCAGCACAUGGUCCUCCUGGAGCAGCCGCCCGCACAGACGCCCCUCGUCACAGGCCUGGGCGCGCUGCCCCUGCACGCACAGCCCCUGGUGGGGGCGGAGCGCGUGUCCCCGUCUGUGCACAAGCUGCGGCCGCACCGCCCGCUGGGGCGCACCCAGUCGGCACCCCUGCCCCAGAACGCCCCUGGCCUGCAGCACCUGGUGGUCCAGCAGCAGCACCAGCAAUUCCUGGAGAAGCACAAGCAGCAGUUCCAGCAGCAGCAGCUGCACGUGAGCAAGAUUAUCCCCAAGCCAAGCGAGCCGGCCCGGCAGCCCGAGAGCCACCCUGAGGAGACGGAGGAGGAGCUGCGGGAACACCAGGCCCUCCUGGAGGAGCCCUUCCUGGACCGGCUCUCGGGGCAGAAGGAGGCGCUCGCGCUGGCCGGGGUGCAGGUGAAGCAGGAGCCCCUCGAGAGUGACGACGAGGAGGCGGAGCCCCGGGAGGCGGAGCCGGGCCAGCGGCAGCCCACCGAGCAGGAGCUGCUCUUCAGACAGCAAGCCCUCCUGCUGGAGCAGCAGCGGAUCCACCAGCUGAGGAACUACCAGGCGUCCAUGGAGGCCGCCGGCAUCCCCGUGUCGUUCGGCGGCCACCGGCCUCUGUCCCGGGCACAGUCCUCCCCUGCGUCCGCCACCUUCCCCAUGUCUGUGCAGGAGCCCCCCAGCAAGCCGCGUUUCACCACAGGUGAGGAGGGCGGGGGCAGCACCCCCUUGGGGCCUGUGCGGGCCAGAGGGCGAGGGAACCUCCUUUCCCCUGGGGUACUGGUUUGUGCUGAGUCUGAGCCCAGCAGACACCCGGGUGACCUGAGCGCCCUCUCCCCUCUGUCCCCGCAGUGCAUCCGCGGUCGGAAGGCCACCCUGGAGGAGCUGCAGACGGUGCAUUCGGAGGCGCACGCCCUGCUCUACGGCACGAACCCCCUCAACAGGCAGAAACUGGACAGUAAGAAACUUCUAGGCUCCCUAACAUCGGUGUUUGUCAGGCUGCCCUGUGGUGGUGUCGGGGUGGACAGUGACACCAUUUGGAACGAGGUGCACUCAUCGGGGGCGGCCCGCCUGGCCGUGGGCUGCGUGGUGGAGCUGGUCUUCAAGGUGGCCACGGGGGAGCUGAAGAACGGCUUUGCUGUGGUCCGCCCCCCCGGCCACCACGCAGAGGAGAACACACCCAUGGGGUUCUGCUACUUCAACUCCGUGGCCAUCGCAGCCAAGCUCCUCCAGCAAAGGCUGAAUGUGACCAAGACCCUCGUCGUCGACUGGGACGUGCACCAUGGGAACGGGACCCAGCAGGCCUUCUACAGCGACCCCAGCGUCCUGUACAUCUCCCUGCACCGCUACGAUGAUGGAAACUUCUUCCCGGGCAGCGGGGCGCCUGACGAGGUGGGCGCAGGCCCGGGCGUGGGCUUCAACGUCAACAUGGCUUUCACCGGCGGCCUUGACCCCCCCAUGGGAGACGCAGAGUAUCUGGCGGCCUUCAGAACCGUGGUCAUGCCCAUCGCCAACGAGUUUGCCCCGGACGUGGUGCUGGUGUCGUCGGGCUUCGAUGCCGUGGAGGGCCACCCCACACCCCUCGGCGGCUACAACCUCUCUGCCAAGUGUUUCGGGUACCUGACGAAGCAGCUGAUGGGCCUGGCUGGCGGCCGGGUUGUGCUGGCCCUGGAGGGGGGCCACGACCUCACAGCCAUUUGCGACGCCUCGGAAGCGUGCGUGUCCGCGCUGCUGGGGAACGAGCUUGAUCCUCUCCCAGAGAAAGUUCUACAGCAGAGACCCAAUGCGAAUGCUGUCCGGUCUAUGGAGAAAGUCAUCGAAAUCCACAGCCAGUACUGGCGCUCCCUGCAGCGCCCCUCCUCCACCGCGGGGUACUCCCUGGUCGAGGCCCAGAAGUGCGAGACGGAGGAAGCCGAGACCGUCACGGCCAUGGCCUCGCUGUCCGUGGGCGUGAAGGCGGCCGAGAAGAGGUGAGCUUGCGCCGCCCCGGCCGUGGGUGGAGACGCGUUCAGGGGGACGACCCGAGUCUUUGCGCCUGGACCAGAGCGCGGGGCUUCUCCGCGCAGGCCCUGCUGGGCUCCCCGGGGAGGGCGGGCCGGCGGGCGGGUGGCGGCCCCAUCCUGGUCCAGGCCCUCCUUCCAGCGUGCAGGGCCCUUG